AUGUCCUCGACCUCGUCAGACGCCGCAUCCCUCCUCAAUAUCAAUGCACUCUUCGAUAAUCCUCUCUUCGCCGGCGGCAUCGGGCUCGCGUCCAUCGGCGCCGUAGCCGCGUUUGGCCGCAAGGCGUCCUCAUCCCCGCGGGGUCCCGCGGGCCCGCCGCCUCCUCGUCAAUGUCGAGAUCAUCGUCAAUGUCGAGGAUCAGCAAACAAGACCCCCGCCUACCCCUUCCGAAAGGCGAGCAUACUGCUGCUGGAGGAUGCGGAUGCGGCGUUUGUCAACCGGCGACAACGCGACACGGACGGCUACAACGGUGCGACCGUCACCUUCUCGGGACUGCUCAACGCACUGGAUGGCCUGGCAGCGGGAGAGGAGCGAAUCGCGUUCCUGACGACGAACCACAUCGAUCGCUUGGACCCUGCGUUGAUUCGACCAGGGCGUGUAGACAUGAUGAUGCGAAUCGGCGAGGCGUCAAGGCACCAGGCCAGCCAGAUGUGGGAUCGAUUCUACGGCGACAUCGACGUUGAUGGGUCGGCUCGCGAGAGGUUCCUUGCCAGGCUCGAUGAGCUUGGAUUGUUUGGCAAUGGGCAGGAUGACGAAACGAGACACCGGCACACGAGCACGGCAGCCAUCCAGGGCCUCUUCCUAUUCAACAAGAACGACAUGGAGGGGGCCAUUGAGAUGGCGGAGGGGUUGAUCCCCCGGAAGUUUGAGCCUGCUGUCAGGUGCGCCUUCUCUCACGAGCUUCGUCUUGCCCCCGGAUCGCACCUUCUUCACCAUCAAGUAGUGUCAUCAGUCGGCAAGUGCGCCUUAGGUACUUCCUUCUCGGCCUCUUGCAUCAUGUCGCGACAGACGAAUAUCAGCGACUUUUUCUCAGCUGCAUCACAGCGGCCAAGACCACAGCCCGAUGACGAGCAGAACAACAUGAACUCACCACACUCCGCAUCCACCUGGCGCGGUGCACGCGGCGGAUUUGCUCGCGGCCAGGAUCGUGCUCGAGGACUCGGACGAGGUGGCCGUGGACGAGACCGCAGAGCCCACAAUCCGGACAGCACGCGCCGCAAUAGAGAUCUCGCCGAAGUCGCCAAGGAGACUCGAACCGUCCUCCCCGACAUACUGCCUCACCUGCCCCCAUCACAUCCUGAUGGCGGUCGCGUCGCCGUCUUGAACCUCGCCUCAGAUUAUCGAGCGGGCGGCGGCUGGCUCAAAGGUGCGCGAGCGCAAGAAGAGGCCCUCUGUUACCGAUCUUCGCUUUUUCUGUCUCUGCACAAGCGAUACUACCCUUUCGAUCACGCCCUCAUGGGCAUCUACUCCCCAGAUGUGGUCAUUAUCCGCGAGGACAUGGCCUCUGGGCAUGAUCUACUCAUCCCGGAUGACGGUCUUGGCGCGUUGCCUGUCGUGAGCGUCUUGAGCAUAGCGGCACUGCGAAACCCCACGACCAAGAAAGUCCGGCUGCAUACAACCACGGGGGCCGAGGAGCACAUCGAGUUUGCCGACCCCAGAGACCGGGACGUGACCAAGGGCAAGAUGCGGCUCUGUCUUCGCAUGGCCGCUGCCAAGAGUCACGGACUGCUCGUUCUCGGGGCGCUGGGAUGCGGUGCCUUCCACAACCCGCCAGGCGAGGUUGCGAGGUGCUGGAGAGAGGUUCUUGGCGAGAACGAGUUCGCCGGAGGCUGGUGGAGGGAUGUCGUGUUUGCUGUUCUCGACACCAGGAACGAGGGCAACUACGAAGUCUUUGACGACGUCGUUGGCGGUAUGAUGGUGUAA